AUGUCUUCUGCUCCUUCUAAGAAGCGAGAGGAUCCAAGAAGCAGUGGAACAGAAGUUGAUGAGAAAGUGGCAGGAUGUGGCACCCAGAGCAGAGAUCUGAAACCAUGGAUAAUUGCCCUUCUCACAGUGCUCUCCCUGAUGAUGGUGGCAGUGACCAUUGGACUUCUGGCUCACGUCUUAGUCUCUGAUAUUCAAGCCAUUAGCAAUUCAGGACGAAAGAGCUCAAAUGAACUGAAGGACUUACAGGAGGUGAAUGAAAAUUUGGUAGAUGAAAUAUUUAUAGAUUCAGCCUUGAAGAAGCACCACGUCAAAAACCACAUAGCCAGACUAACUCCAGAAGAAGAUGAUGCCAAAGCAGACAUUGUUAUGGUGCUCCAGUCCUCCUCUACUGGGCAAAGGACCAUGGGAGAAAAGAACCACAGCAUCUUAAACCAUAAGAUAAGGAACCCGAGAGCCUUGCCAGCUGGUGUCUCAUUAGUUCAAGUAAAUGAUUGUGGCAAACGAGCUAUCCCAUUAAUUGCCAACAGAAUAGUAUCUGGAAACCCUGCAGCUAGGGGUGCCUGGCCUUGGCAAGUUUCUCUUCAGCGCAGCAACAUCCAUCAGUGUGGGGGCACCUUGAUUGGUAACAUGUGGGUUGUCACUGCAGCACACUGUUUUAGAACUAAUGCAAACCCACGUCAAUGGACUCUUAGCUUUGGAACAACAAUAAACCCUCCCUUAAUGAAAAGAGAUGUCCGAAGAAUUAUUAUGCACAAGAGGUAUCGGCCCCCAGCAAGAGACCAUGAUAUUGCUCUUGUGCAAUUUUCUCCAAAAGUCACCUAUUCAGAUGAAGUACGCCGAAUUUGUUUGCCAGAAGCCUCUGCAUCAUUUCCCCCAAAUUCAACUUUCUUCAUCACAGGAUUUGGAGCACUUUACUAUACUGGGGAAUCCCAAAAUGAGCUCCGGGAAGCCCGAGUAGAGCUCAUAAGCAAUGACGUCUGCAAACAACCGCAGGUGUAUGGCAACGACAUAAAGCGUGGGAUGUUCUGUGCCGGAUAUCUGGAAGGAAAGUACGAUGCCUGCAGGGGUGAUUCUGGGGGACCAUUGGUUGUAAAAGACAAUAAAGACACAUGGUAUCUCCUUGGAAUUGUGAGCUGGGGAGAUAAUUGUGGUCAAAAGAACAAACCUGGAGUCUACACACAAGUGACUUAUUACCGACACUGGAUUGCUUCAAGAACGGGUCUCUAA